AUGCGUUAACGACGCAAAGCACAGUCUCUGUGAACUCGGAUGUUCCGGGUGACAGAGAUGACUCGGAGCCAAACGGAGCUGCCAACUCGGACGGAACGCGGCCAUCUGUACGCCAAGAAGCGCUUGAGUCCCGGUACCCUUGACUCCAUUGGGUACCAGACGACACCGUUCUCGAUACAAUACUUCUCCUCCUUCGAAUCGCUUACCCCUCAACGCCUGCAUCGUCGCCUCAUAGUAACUCGUCUUCUGACUCACAAGCACAUUGAGUACCUCGUUCAUAUGGCACUUCAACUUGGUUGACGCCGCGACGGCAUUAUGCACUUCCGCCCUGUCCGCACCGCCGUCAUUCGGUGGCAUCCCCACCAACUCGAACGUGCUGAUUCUUGCAUUGACACUCGACGUACGUCUCCAGAGCUGCUAGUUCCUGGACGGGUUACUGCGGAGUGCUGCGUGUAGUUCCGGUAAUGAAUUCAACAGGUCGUCACAGAUCUGCUGUCUCGAAAACAUCAAUCAUUCCCGACCAUAAAUCCUCGUCAUUAACCCCCUCCCUUCUUCCGCAUUCCAGAAUCUGCCGGCUCGAGAGAAGAUGGUGAAGCUCUUUUGUGCGAUCGUUGGGGUGGCGGGAAGCGCGUUCGAGGUGGAUAUCGACGCUGUUCAGUUGGUGGGAGACUUGAAGAAGAUGAUUGCUGAGGACCAGAAGUUUGACUUCGCGGCAAACAAGCUGCAGCUCUACCUGGCGAAAAAGAACGGGGCGUGGCUCUCAUCGAAGGAUCCUGACGUGAUCUCUAUGCGAAGCGGGGUUAUUCCUGAGCAAGUGAAGACAUUGAUGAACGUGGAAGUGGACCCAGCAGACGAUAUUGGGGACGUAUUUGAAGGUGCUCCGACGAAGAAGACCGUUCACGUGCUGGUGGUGGUUCCAUUGUCUACGGCAGAGGAUGUCGCGUUGAGCGCGAAGGACUUAUGCACUGUGGAUCCUGAUGUUCAAUUGAAUUUGUGGAAGUCAGUUGUUAGAGUUUCCUCGGAACAUGUGUGCUCAGGAACGGCGCUGGUUGUGGACCAAACCCCGAUACACUUGUAUCUUAUGACGAACUUGCACUUGUGGACAGACGCUACAUUCUCGAAGUACUUGAUCGCCGACUUCAAGCGUGAAAUCAGACGGUAUAAGAGACUUCACCCCACAAGGAAAACAAGUGGAGGGAAACGAAAAAAAGCUGCGAAGAACGCUGAUGUUGCAAUACAGCAGCCUCGUAAAUCUCAACGGAUUGCAGCGAUGAACAAAAACACACCAGUUUUGUCAGACAAGCCUCAAGUUGUGGUGGAACAACUCCUUCCUGAUACGACGAAGCCGGAAGAAGUCCACCGAUUCAGCCUCGACAGAGACGCGUGCUGGCGUAGUUCGGCAGCGUUCGACUUUGCAAUCUUCGAAGUUGCUGUGCCACGAGAUAACAAACUCGUUCCAUGUAAGAUGUCCCUUAAAGUGUAUGACACAAUGAGUGUGGACGUGUUCGGAUUCCCUGGCGCACUUCAAGACCAACAUUUUGAUCACGAUUACGCCAUCAUUCCAGCUAAAAUCACCGGUUGGAGCGGAAACCAAAUGACUCUCUUAUCUUUGUCAGCUCCUGGUCUAUCUGGAAGCGCGAUUGUGUGCACCAAAAGGGGGGUACCAGUGGGAUAUAUGGGUGGGCUGGAUGACUCAGCGAAGAACGAACAGUACCAAUCCUAUGGCUUCACAUUUCACGGAGUAAUCCCCGAAUUACCGUCUUCGUUGCCGCCUGAUCCCGAAGGUGAAACAAAGGAUGAGCUAUAAUAUGUAUAGCGCCGGUGAUAAGUGAAUGCGAGUUGCUAUGGUGAUCGUGGAUGAAAGAAAUAAACUUCUUUUGCGUAAGACUUGUCUUCUUAAUUAAUGCUUACUCCUGAUGAUUAUAUAAGGAGAGAUCACUUAUUCACACGAACAAUACCAACUCAACAAGGAGCUCAUUAAAGCAGAGCAGAAGCGCUACUACAAGCCGCAUGUGCGAAGCGGGGCUGUCCUCUACGACGAUAGUAAUAGAAAACACAAACCGAAUUUUAUAGUAAAAACAAAUGCUACGAAUUCAG